UCCCUUCAUUUCUUUAUUUACAUUUGCCUUUUUUUCUCUGCAAUCCCCUUCACUGUUUAAAGCUGCAACGGAAUCGCCCAUAUUAUUCAGAAAGUGUGUGCGCAGGAUAAGGGCAUGCACAGCACACUCUACCCAGUUUCAACUAAUUUUUAAAGAAAUUGAUCAGUUGUGUUUUUGUUGCGGAGGAGUGAUGAUGGAAGUGGGGUUUCAUUGAAAGGUCUAUUUCUUUUAGGAGAUAAUAGCAAAGGAGGGAGAAAGGAGAGACCCACUCAAUGCUUUGGUUGGCGUGCUUUCAUGGGGGUUUUUUUGGAAGCCCCACCUAGAAAAGUUCUUCCUGUGUAGUACCCUUUACGUUUGCAGGUUUCGUUCCUUGAUUCUCGACUCUCUUGGGGGACUUGCCUCUCAUCUGUAACCAAUUGGAUUGGUUCUUUGUGUUCCUCAUGAAAUUCCUUGUAGUUUCUCUUCCUCUAGAAGAGUGAAGUCGUAUAGGAUUUGCUGAUGUGGGUCAGGGGAGUUCUAUUCCUUCUUUGUAUGUGAUGCAAAUUUCAUUCCUUUCAUUUAUCUUUGAUUGGUGAGGGGUUUUGGCAACUGGGUCUUGGGAUUGGAUACAUGUAAAGAUGGAGUCUUUCUUCUAAGUUUUUCUGGUCGGAGCAAAAAGGGGUAGAGAGAGCAUUGAGCGGCGCAUGAUGGGUUCUGCUGUUGAAGAAAAGAUCAAAACGGCAGCAGGAUCUGUUGGUGUGGCGCAGACAACCUUGCUCGAGGAGGUGAAGUUGUUGAAGGAAAUGCAAGACCAUUCUGGAACCCGGAAGGCUAUAAAUUCCGAGUUAUGGCAUGCCUGCGCGGGUCCACUUGUUUCCUUGCCUCAGGUCGGGAGUCUGGCGUAUUACUUCCCUCAGGGACAUAGUGAACAGGUGGCUGUUUCCACGAAAAGAACCGCAACCUCUCAAAUUCCCAAUUACCCAAAUCUUCCGUCUCAAUUAUUGUGUCAAGUUCAUAAUGUUACACUACAUGCAGACAAAGAUACAGAUGAAAUUUAUGCACAAAUGAGUCUUCAACCAGUGAACUCUGAAAAGGAUGUCUUCACUAUACCAGACUUUGGACUAAAGCCCAGCAAACAUCCAAGUGAGUUUUUCUGCAAAACUUUGACUGCAAGUGAUACAAGUACACAUGGUGGCUUCUCAGUCCCACGCCGGGCAGCGGAGAAGCUCUUUCCUACUUUGGAUUACACCAUGCAACCACCUACUCAGGAGCUUGUUGUCCGAGAUUUGCAUGAUAAUACUUGGACUUUUCGCCAUAUAUACCGAGGGCAGCCUAAGCGACACCUUCUUACCACUGGAUGGAGUUUAUUUGUUGGAUCAAAAAGGCUUAGGGCUGGUGAUUCUGUUCUCUUUAUCAGGGAUGAGAAGUCUCAGCUACUGGUAGGUGUGAGGCGUGCAAAUCGUCAGCAAACAACGUUGCCAUCAUCAGUUCUAUCAGCUGAUAGCAUGCACAUUGGUGUCCUGGCAGCUGCAGCUCAUGCUGCUGCCAAUCGAAGCACCUUCACAAUUUUUUACAAUCCUAGGGCAUGUCCAUCAGAAUUUGUGAUCUCUCUGGCUAGAUACAGAAAAUCUGUUUAUGGGACCCAAGUCUCAGUUGGUAUGAGGUUUGGAAUGAUGUUUGAAACAGAGGAGUCAGGAAAACGCAGAUAUAUGGGCACAAUAGUUGGCAUUACUGACCUAGAUCCAUUGAGGUGGCCUGGCUCUAAGUGGCGAAACCUUCAGGUUGAGUGGGAUGAACCUGGAUGUAAUGAUAAACAAAACCGAGUCAGUGCAUGGGAAAUUGAGACUCCUGAAAGCCUCUUUAUAUUUCCUUCUCUAACAUCAGGUCUCAAACGACCAUUUCAUCCUGGAGUUUUGGGGACAGAGUCCGACUGGGGAGGCUUGAUAAAAAGGCCCCUUGUCCAGUUUCCUGAAAGUGGAAAUGCAAACCUGCAUUACUCUAUUUCGAGCUUAUAUUCUGAACAAUUAAUGAAGAUGAUGCUGAAGCCUCAAAUGGUUAACCAUCCAGGAUUUUUUGCAUCUGCCCUCCAACAAUUCCCUGGUGCUAAGGGAUCUCCGUUAGAAGAGGUGAAGAACAUGCAGCCAAUAACCAAUCAGAAACCUCAGCUUAAUCAAUCAGAAAAUCCAGUAAUGGAAAACCAAGAUUAUUCCCAAUUAGUACCUGACCAACCUGAUUCCAUGAAGUCAACUUUUCCCAAAGCAAAUAAUAGCCUACACUCUCCAAACAAAAUUGAAAGCCAAAACCCAGCUAGGAACUGUGAUGAUAAGUUGAAGAUAGAGCCGGAGCAUUCAUCUGAUAAAGUAAGCCAGAUAACGUCAACAUCAGAGUGCACCGAGGAAAAAAUGGUUGCAAAUUCUAUCAAUCCUAGGAAUAUUAAUCAGCUUACCUUUCAUAGCCCAAACCAAGUUGUCUCACAUUUGCAACCUAAUAUAUUGCCCAUGCAGCCGCAGUUGGAUCCAUCAGUCCUCAAUAGCACCCCCCAACUUCAGGUAACCCAAGUAGAUAAUAGUGCUCUAAAUGGCCUUCUUCCUUUCCCGGACACUGAUGAAUGGACAUCACACAUUUCUUGUGGCCAAUCUCUUCCCGGGAUUUAUGGUUACAGAUCACCUGGGCCUUUGCCAAUGUAUGGAUUGCAAGACUCUUCUGCUGUAUUUCCUGAAGCAACUAAUACUUCUCUGACUACAGUUGUUCAGGACACAUGGGAUCAGCAGUUGAAUAAUUUGAGGUUUUUAACCCCAGCAGACCAGCUAGCUUCAUUCACUCAACAAGAUCCAUGCACUCUUUAUUCCAGUGGGUUGAGAGAUUUAUCUGAUGAGAGCAACAACCAAAGUGGGAUAUACAGCUGCCUUAACAUUGACGGUUGUAAUGGCAGUGGAUCUGUGAUUGAUCCUUCUGUUUCUAGUACCAUUCUGGAUGAGUUUUGUACACUGAGGGAUGCUGAUUUUCAAAAUCCAUCAGAUUGUUUGCUUGGCAACAUUAGCUCUAGUCAGGAUGUUCAGUCUCAGAUUACAUCUACAAGUCUUCUAGACUCCCAUGCUUUCUCCCGGCAAGACUUACCAGACAGCUCUGGUGGUACAUCUUCAAGCAAUGAUGAAAGCUGCCUUAUGCAAAAUAGCUCGUGGCAGCAAGUAGCUCCACGUGUGCGAACAUAUACCAAGGUUCAGAAAACAGGAUCAGUUGGGAGGUCAAUUGAUGUUUCCGGUUUUAAAAACUAUGAAGAACUGAUCUCUGCAAUUGAAUGCAUGUUUGGACUUAAGGGGCUGCUCAAUGGCCCGAGAGGUUCAGGGUGGAAACUUGUAUACGUUGAUUAUGAGAAUGAUGUCCUACUCGUAGGAGAUGAUCCAUGGGAAGAGUUUGUUGGCUGUGUCCGUUGCAUCAGAAUCCUGUCCCCUACAGAAGUUCAGCAGAUGAGUGAGGAAGGAGUGAAACUUCUUAGUAGUGCUACAGCACAAGCCAUCAAUAGCACCAAUGCAGAGGUUGACCUUGCUUGAGAUAGUCCUGGUUGUUGACUCUUGUUGCCUUCCUAGUUUAACUGCUGCUGAUCUGUUUCUGGCUAAGAUAAAAAAUCGCAGUCAUCUUAGAUUUGCCUACGCAAGGCUCAGAAUGCUCUUGCUGGUUUUUUCGUUUUUUAUCAGUAAACUUGUAACUUAAGCAAAUCAUUCGGGUAUCUCCAUUUUCAGCUUUCACUUUGUAUAAGUAAUUAUCAUGUAUGGAUGUGAAGCUAGUUAAUUAAGUAGGGGGUAAACCAGUGAGUAACCUUUUUUAGCAUAUAAAAACUCGUGUGCUUU